AUGGCACCGCCGCUCGACCUCGGUCUCCCGACGGCCCUCAUCCUCAUUGACAACCAGUCGGGGUUCUGCCACCCAUCAACAGUUUCGCACUGGGGGAGCAGCCGGUCGAACCCUCUCUACGAAGUGAACAUCCAGUCGCUUCUAUCGGCUGCCCGCAGCCAUGCGUCGUCGGCAGCGUCCACUCCAGUGGAAGUGAUUCACGUCUUCCACUCAUCGACCACGCAAGGAUCUCCUCUCCACCCAAACCAUCCGGCGCAGGGGAUUCGCCCGUUGGAGUUUGCGACGCCCGCCGCGGACGGCUCGGAGCCCGUGUUCUGGAAGAGUGUUAAUUCGUCCUUCAUCGGCACCGAUCUGGCCGCCCACUUGCAGGACAAGGGGAUCCGACAGCUUCUGAUCGCGGGGUUGACGACGGAUCACUGUGUCUCGACGACGGUUCGCAUGGCUGCCAAUCUCGGGGUCGUGGAUCGGUCGAUCGGGGCCGAAUGGAAAGGGGGCGGAUUGUUCUUGUGGCUGACGCCACAGCGACAUUCGCCAAAGGGGGGCUUCGACGCUGAGACUGUUCACCACGUCUCUGUGGCUAGCUUGGAGGGCGAAUUCGCCGAUAUCCUCGGCACGGAGGAGGUGGUGCAGGCCUUUUGCGGAGGGUCCAGGGGUCACUGA